UAAAUUCUCUCUCUUUGGCAGGCUAGUUGGAAUGAAUAGAAACACAAUAAUAUCAUGUCAGUGUAUAUGCGGAAAUGUGUCCAAUAACUAUUGCAACAUCAUACAAAUAAUUUUUUGAUGAGGACUUACCAUGAUGGAGUUGGCAGAGAAUUUAUGGUUGUAUGAAUACUUUGUGUAUUCUUCAUUACGAAGAUUUGUAAACUGUCAUUCUAUUCUGGAAAAUGAUCUUCUUACAGCAUCGGAUUUAUUGACAAAGAUUACUAAAGAAUAUGAGAUUGAAAAAUAUGAUGAUAAACGUGGUAUUCAUUUUAUGUGGGGAUUCGUUGCGACUGUUGUUGAAAUUAAACAUGAAUCCACUGCAGACAUUGUUAGAUCCUUGCAGGAUGGUCUUGCUUACUUGAAUUCAGCAUUGAAAUGCAAAUUCAGUUAUUCUAAAGAUGCUUCUAAUAGAUUUAUGAAAGAAUUGCGCAGGGUUAAAGCUGAGACUAUAAUUCAAAUAAUCAAAGUCCUUUUAAACAACAAGUCCGAAUCAAGAAUUGUGUUCAAUCGAUAUCAAGAAUCACUAUCUGAAUAUCAGCAGGACAGCAUUAAAUGUGUUCUUCUUGGUCUUCAUGAUACAAAUGGAUUGCUUUGCUCAUUCACAGAAUAUGUAAAUAUUGUAGCCGCAACUGUGCAAAAAAUGCUUGACAUUGUUCCAGAUCCUUUUAUAGUCAAUGUUGCGAAUACCUGCCAUGAAAAACUUAAUGUGAUGUCAGAAGAAUAUCAAGGAAUGAUUGAUAUUUAUGAAUCAGAUUCCAAUGAUGACCCAAAUCAAGAAUUAUCACAUGUAGAGCAAAGUGAAAACCUUGAUUUAAUGCAAGAUAAAAGCAAUCAAGAUACCAUGCCUUCGGAAACUUUUUCUGCCAGUAAUACGCAUGAUGUUGAUAAUUCCAAACCAUUAUGUGCACCGGAAAAAAAAUCACAGCCAGAAAAUCAGCAAGAAGAUUUGAUAAAGGAAGAUUCUGCCAGACCUAUUAAUAAUAAUGAAAGUAGGAGUGACGUCACCUCAGAUCGCCCUAAAGUUCCAAUUAUACCAUUUCCCAAUCGACCAACUACCUCCAAACCUAAUUCAGGUUCAGGAAGAAUCAGGGGAGUAAGUAUUUCAAAACAUUCUCGUAGUUGGACGGCAUCAUCUGUUAUAAGUUAUUCUUCCACACAUAAGCGUCAAUUCAACCCAGUGCAGGACACUUAUAUCAUUAUGGGAAUUCAAAAGUUUGGAACGAGCAAAAAUAAAUGGAAAAAAACUUUAGACUCAUUCCCUUUUCCUGAAUAUAGAACCGCCAGUCAUUUGAAAGAUCGAUGGAGGACAAUGUUGAAUAAAAAAGAGGUGACAAUUGUGGAUAACGAAGUUAAAUUGUCCAACAAGUAUAUUACACUGUUUAAACACUUGGAAUCCAAAUUUGAUUCGAACAUUUUGAGUAAUAAAAAAAAAAAAAUAACUGAUUUCUUUGAUGAUAAGAAAUCAGAUAAGUCACUUGAGUUGAAUUAUUCUCCUCCAGAAGUUAUAUCAGAUGCAGAAAGCUCAACAUCUAUGAAUCCAUCUGAUAUGGAGUGUGUGAAAAACUGGUUAGAAACUGGUACGAGGGUAAAAAAGAAAGUUGUUAAAAAAGCUCCUGCAUUGUUACAAACUGGGAAAAAGAAUAGAGAUCUCUUUACUCCAGAAUCAUCUAAACCUACCAGUUCUAAAACUUUGAAGAGUCCAACGAAGUCUUCAGACAUAUAUGUCCAAAAUGAAUCAAAUGAGAAUUCGAACACGGUGCCGCCGGUGGCUUUGGGGGAGAGUGAAAUCCAUACCUUGGAACAAAAGAAAAGGGAUGUCGCUAUAAAAAGCAAGAAAUAUGGAAUUAACCCACAGACAGACCCAAACUCGUCAGAGGAUUUCAAAAACACAAAUAACAAUGCAAGUAUGAAGGAACAGAAUGUGGAAAAUAAAUGUUUGAAAAAAAUGUCUGAUGAAGAUAACAGUUCUUUCAACAAAGAUAUCCUGAUUGAUACAGAAUCACAAAAUAUUCAAAAUUUAGCGCAAUCUGAGGGCCUUGAUUCUGAGCCCAUUCAAGAUGAUAGUAUGCGGCGGCAUGGUCUUGAUAAUAAAAAUGAUGAUCUUGGAAUAAAAACACCAGUAAUAUCAGACGUUGAAAAAAAUGUAUCUAAUUCAAAGAUUACAGACUCUGACAUGGUAGAAGUUGAGGUUGUAGAUGAUAUGGAAAAUAUUACAUCAGCUAGUACAUCUCAGUCGCAAAAAAAGAACUUCACUGUAAAUGCCAUAACUUCUACGAAUAUUGACAUGAGACAAUCUUCUCAAACUUUAGGAACAACAUCAGGAGAAGAUUCGUCUGUGAAAGAAUCAAUACUAAAGAGCACUGAUCAAUCCAUAACAAAUAUUGGGAACAAGUUUAUUACUGAUACCACACAAGCACAAAAAAGUUUAACUCCGCCGUCUGUACUGGUUCAAGUUGAUAUCACUGGGAAUAUUGCAGAUUCAGACGGAAGAAAUGAUGAAAAUAGUUUCCCAUCACCGGGGUCAACUGAUGAAAAUUCAGUUUUAGGCACGGAAAAGGGACAAAGAGAAGCACUACGACCUCAAUCACCUUCAGCAUCAGAGUACAUAACUGCAGAAGAAGAUUCUGUCAAAAGCUCUGAAAUAUCUCGUGUUCCGAUUGAGGAAAGCAGAUAUUCAAAAGAAUUAAAUGUUCUGAAAUGUUUAGAUGAUGCUGAUAUUCCCAACAAUAUUGAACAGUGGAUGGAGAACAAUUCAAUAGAAAAUUUUGAGGAUGAAGCAGUGAACUUGACACAAGAUACAGAACCCUCAAUUGAACAGGAGGAGUCUUCGACCAAAAUGACUAUUAAAAAAGAAUUUAUUGCUCCAGAUAACACCGAUUUGAAUGACAGACCUCUAGAACCUCCACCAAGUGAGAUUAUACUAAAAAAUCAUUGUACUUUCGAUAACACUCCUGUUCUAGUACUUCAGAAAGUAAAGUUAGAAUCAGGGGAAUUGACCACAGAUGUCUGCAUCCUUGUAAAUAACACUGAUGAGGAUAGUAUGUUGGAAUCUGGAAAUAAUGAGGGUCAGAAUGAUCCUAUUUCUUCUGAUGUUGCUGAUCAAGAUACUUCCUCCCAUGUUGAUAAGACAGUUUCGCCAAUUGAGGGGAAGGAUAAAGCAUCUGUCGAAAAAGUUGUUGGCAUCGACCUGACAAAUAGAAUGGUUUCGACUUCCGAAGUCACUGCUGCUGAAGAAACUAUUACUAAAACUAAUAGUAUCAAGAGUAGUCGAGAUUUCCAAUACAAAAGAAAGAGGAAAAGAAAAGUGAUACUACAUGACCAAGAAAUUCCAAUUAAAUUAUUAAAAGAAGAUGAAAUGCUUUUUCCAGCAGAAACUUUCAACAAAGAUCCAUCUGGAAUCUUUUUAAUGACUGGAAAAAGUAGACAAGGACGGAGAAGGGGAUGGACUGAAGAAGAGGAUGGAAAUUUGUUAGAUGGCGUAAAUAAAUAUGGUGAAGGAAAUUGGAAAAAGAUACUUGAUGAAUUUGAUUUCUAUAACAGAACUGCUGUGAAUCUAAAAGACCGGUACAGAGUAUUGAAAAUGCAAUGACUAUUCUUUUGUACCAUUGGUGUGUUGUCCAAUAACUAUUACCUUCGCAAAUCACAGAGACAUUGAAAUAUUUGUAACAUGUUGUGGAUUUUAAAAUAAAUGCUGUACCUCCUGAUGCAGAUGAUUUUUGUAUAGUGCAUUUUUCGUUAGUUCACUAAUGUUUUCACUACAUUUUGUUAGUUUAUUUUUACACAUGAUUACUCAUUUCUUUUUAUAUUUCAUUCAUUUUACAAUUCCUGUUACUAUAUGUUUGCAGAUGUUGGAAUACCUUCUAAUAUAUCUAUAGCCUAAUUGAAAUUUUUUCUGAACGAUGGAAGCAUUUUAAUGCUGGUGAGUACUCAUCUGGAUCUAGUUAGAAAACCUGAAAAAAUGGAUAAAGAUUUCAAAUUGAAAAUCCUACUUACAUCUUGGUUCCCAAGCUUCAUACUACGUGCAUGUACUGUUAUCUGUAUGCAAGAAAUUUGAACACUGAGACAACAUAUCAAAGCUGCUGUAAGCCACUAUUGUCAAAAUUGUCCCUGUUAAGAGCAGAAUUUUUGAGAUUGGCACAAAGACUUCGAAGCAAGCGAAAAAAAUUGCCUCUACCCGACUGGAUAUACAUCCAUGAAUCAAUAACACAAAUUGCAUUUGGUCCUUUGCGUCAAAGGGAAUUAUGAGGAAACGAAAUCAUAAAGAGACUAAGAGAGAUGCACAAAAUAUUUGUCAAAUUGCUGAAGCUGAUUGUGUAUUUGAAAAAGUAUCGAACUUCUGUCUAGGGAAAUUCGAAGAGAUUGGGCCCGACACAAAUGUGAGAGGCUAGUCUACCGGAUUAAAAAUACAGACUGUUUGAAUUACAGUUAGCGCUAGGUAAUUAUUGAAUGAAAAUCAAAUGCAUUGGAUUUACAUCACUCUAUCUUGGAGAUAGAUGUGUUUGAAAGUGGAAAUAAAGUGAAGAGAUUCGA